UCAGGACAGCGACAGAGGAACCACAACAGGGAGAAAACAAUCACCAACUUCUACUCAGCACCAAGCCGAAUCUUGUUGUUUUUUUUCCCACCUUUGAUAUAAUCAUGAAAGCCAUCAGUCCUGUCCGCUCGGUGAGGAGCUGCUACAAGGCUGUUUGCUGUAUUUCGGACCAGAGUCUUGCCAUCACCCGGAAUAAACCCUCGUCUUUGGAGGAGCCCGUGGGUGCCCUGUGUGACAUGAACGACUGCUACUCCAAACUGAAGGAGCUGGUACCAAGUAUCCCCCAGAACAAGUCGGUCAGCCAGGUGGAGAUCCUGCAACACGUUAUCGACUACAUCUUCGACCUGCAGAUCGCACUGGAGGCGGAGACCACAGCCACGCCGGAGAUGGUUUUGUCAAUAAAGACUUCAGACCUUACUCGCAAUUUCUCCAAAGAAGAGGGGCGGUUGUGCCAUUAGAACGGUGAUAACAGAUAUGGUGCAGGGAAACACAUGUCUCCACUUCACUCCGGGCAAGAGGACAAGAGGGGCAGAAAGGGUGGGAUAGGUAUUUGGAGAGAAGGAGGCGGAGGGAGGGAGGGGGGGGAUGUUAAAGAAAGGACA